GAGCACGUGCCACAACAAACCAAAGCGUGCUUGCGAAAAGCGUGACAGUCAUGCAAAUCAGCUUGUCAGAAUUUGAAUCGUGAACUCGGGUGGCAAUCUAAAGCUAGGUGCGAUGGCCUUCCCAGGAGAUAUGAUACUUCAAACCUGCGCUUUCUUGGCGUUGGCGCUCGGCACGCUCGGCAACAACUUGGCAUCAGUGACCCUCAACAUCCUAGGUGACAAUGACUACGCCCCCGAGUUCCCCUCCCCCAUCAACUCAGUCAUCGUCCCUGAGGGAGUGUACUCGUUUAAGAAACCGUUUCUUGUGACAAAGCUUGAAGCUCAAGACCUUGACAGCAAACUAAGUGGGAACGUGAGCUAUGCAGUUGCAGGGGUGUGCAAGAAUGGAUGGGGCAAAUUCCACCUGAGAGAGUUUAAUAAACUCGUGCUCAUUACCCCUGUUAAAGACGGGGACAACUUUGUAAUCUUGGUCGAAGCAACGGAUCACGGCAAACCGCCCAGAAGGGAUCGUUGUGCAGUGGUAGUCAACGUGAAGCGCAGUUCAGACGGGCCGUCGAUUCCCAGUGAUCGGUACACCGUCCGUUUACCUGAAGGAAUCCAGACUGGUAGCCACGUGCUCACUAUACCGGUGCGUGAUAACGGCAACGGUACCCUGCAGUUUGAAAUAGCAUCGGGCAAUGCCAAUGGUGACUUUGACAUCGACCAAGAAGGCGUCAUACGGAAUGUUAAUGUUCUGACUAUCAACCACACAGGAGAGUACCAUCUGAAUGUCACUGUCACUGAAACCAAUGGAUCAUCUGACAACACAAUUGUGGACAUUAAGGUAGUUCAACAUUACCUACACGCUCGCAACUGCUCGUGCAAGCAGGACGAGGCUCCACCGAACAGACCUCCAACGAUUCCAUCCCCUCGCUACAUGGUCCACAUUGGAGAAUGGGCUCUCAUCAACACUACGAUCUUCACCAUUCCGGCAGUUGAUCCCGAUGGCGACAACUUGACCUACAGUAUUGUCAGUGGUAACGCCUUCAAGGAUUUGGAAGUUGAACCAUCAAGUGGUCGAGUGAUUAAUAUCCACUCUUUAGACUACAAACGAAAACCAGUCUACGAACUAAGAGUAAAGGCGAUGGACUCCCGUGGACAGUCUGCGUCAACACGACUUCAAAUAAUAGUUAUCAAGAACACCUCCAACAGUACCGACGACAACGGCCCCCUCAGCGACAUGAUCAUGGAAUCCGAGAAAUGCCAGUGCGACAUGUUGAACACAGCAAUUAGUGACCACCAUAGAAACUUUCUCGUCAUCUGUGUGUUGAUCUUGACCCAGUCACUAUGGGGAUGAACUGUUUUUUUCAUGAAGUAAACUAUCCAAGCUA